CUGUACAGCAAACCGCCUCCGAGGAUUUUAAGCCACCAGCAGUCGCAGAACCACGACGGAGGCUUCAAGUUCGCAUUCGCCGCUGAAAAUGGUUUGGCGCAUAGCGAGGCCAUAGCUCCGGAUGGUUCCAGGAACGGUGGCUACAGCUACGUCGAUCCGCAUGGAAAAACCAUAUCUGUUAAGUACACAGCAGGAAAAGAGGGUUUCAGGAUUUUAGAGGGACAGCACGUUCCCAAAGAAUCUCCGCAGCAUCAAGCUAUCCAGCAACAGCAGCAACAACAACAGCAGCAGCAGUACCAACAACCUGAACAUAGGGUGCCCCAUUACGCUCAGCAACAGCAGCAUUCCGACCACUUCAGGAUUCCUUUGUACACGAAGCAACAGCACGCACCACCACCUAGGCCCGUUUACAUCGAGCAGCAACAGCAGCCCAAGUAUUCGCCACAGCCAAGAUAUCCGGAACAGCAACCAAAGUACACACAGCCCAAAUACGUGCAGGAGACGAGUGCUUCAAACUCGGUCGAGGAGAGCAAAGAACCUGAGUACAACGAUGAGCCUGGGAAGGCGUACAGCUUUGGUAACGGAUACGCGUUCCAAUUCUCCGGCUAA